AUGUCAACUUCAAACAGCGUAGCCGAUACGAGGUUAUCCAUUGAGGACGACGAGAAAGAUCCAUUUUUGGAAAAACACCAGGGCAAAACUUGCCGUCAGCAACGCAGGAUCUCCAUCAUCAUUUUUGGGCUUCUCUUUGUGCUGGGUAUCUCUGCCUUCUGCAACAUCAUAUUGUUCUUUGAGCUGUACAAACGUUGGGACCUGGAUAGUGUUUGUAUCGAGUAUACUUCACAAUAUAAAUCACCGAUUUCAAAGGACGUCAAUAUAAAAUAUAACACGGUCACAUUUAACGGCUCCCUCAUUGGUGAUAACAUCUGGCGCCGAUGGGCCGGCGAUGAUGUUGAUCAAGCAUGGAUUGGCCUUGGUGUAGCAUACGAUGCUAUUUCUAUCCCUCACGACGAGGGAGCGCUGUACGGUUUCCAGGAAGGCCAGGUUAAGACGACGAAGAAGUACGGAGGCAAGUUUGUGGGGCAUUUUGAAGUUUUCCAUCAUCUUCAUUGUCUUGAUAUGCUCCGGAAAAUUUCCUAUUUUAGCUAUGAGCACUACCUCAAGAAAGGCGAGGCUCCCUUUACGGAUACCGAAGAAAUUGUCAAACACCAUGCAGCACAUUGCCUUGACAUUCUUCGGCAGCAGGUGAUGUGUACUGCUGAUGCCUCCGUUUUUGGGCAGUGGUGGGUGAAGGAUAUCGGGCCAUUCGUCGAUUUCAAUACAAAACACCAGUGCAAAGACUUUGAAGCAAUACGCGCUUGGGCAGAGAAACACCAGAUACCACAUUAUGUGGAAGUUGACAUGUGGCCAGGUGAUCCAGAAUUGCCAGUAAUACCAUGA